CAUAUACAUAUACAUACAAUACAUACACACACUUUCUUCUUUUUCUUCUCUCUCUAAAAUCGUGUCUUGUUUUUUCUUCCUUUCUUUCUUUCUUUCUUUCUACUCGCGAGAAAGGUGAAGUAUUACUAGAAGAGAAAACGCAGAUGAGAAAUGAUAUGAGAGUAUCAUCACGCCCAAUCCAAACCUCGCUUUUCCCAAUCCCAAUCGUUGCCGUUAUUUUUUCCUCUCUCUAAAUCUCAAUUCCCUCUCUCCCCUAACCCUAAAUUGAUGCCGAUUUCGCUGCUCAAUUAGAAUCACAAUCACAAUCAUGUCUUUCCAUCCGCGGCCUUACAGUUACAGCAGCUACGGACAGGAUGAAGAUCCGGAGCGGAGCGGCGGCGAAGGCAGCAGCUCCGGCUUAGCGGCGGCGGCGCAACUGCAGCGGGAACACAUGUUCGACAAGGUGGUGACGCCGAGCGACGUCGGGAAGCUGAACCGUCUGGUGAUUCCGAAGCAGCACGCGGAGAAGUACUUCCCCCUCGACUCCUCCGCGAACGAGAAGGGUUUGCUCCUCAACUUCGAGGACCGCAACGGCAAGCCGUGGCGCUUCCGCUACUUGUACUGGAACAGCAGCCAGAGCUACGUCAUGACGAAAGGCUGGUCCCGCUUCGUCAAGGAGAAGAAGCUCGACGCCGGCGACAUUGUCUCCUUCCAGCGCGGCGCCGGCGACCUCCCCAAGGACCGCCUCUUCAUCGACUGGCGCCGCCGCCCCGACGCCCCCGCCAAUCUCCCACAUCACCACCACUUCUCCUUCCACCACCACCGCUGGAGCCCCCUAUUCAUCCCCCCUCCUCCGCCGCCGCCGCGAGUCCUCCACCACCACUACCACCACCCCAUGGGAUACGGAAGCGUGGUGAACGGAAGCCCUUGCCCCCCUGGCUCGAUAGUGUACCUCAGAGGUGGCGUCGCGGCGUCGCAGGGCCAAAGAGAGAUGGUUUUUGAGUCGGUGCCGGUGGUCCAAGGAAAAGCUGCAGCAAAGCGACUCAGGCUGUUCGGCGUGAACAUGGACUGUCCCAUUUCUGAUUCAGAUGACCGCCAGCUGUUGGCGGCGCACCCUUCUCCCCCGCCGCAGGAUCACGACAAAGGGAAGGGAUCCAUCUCUUUGGAAUUGGAUAUUUAGAAUUAUCCCUUUUGUCGUAAUUAUCUCUCUUCCACACCAACAACUGCUGCUGCGCUCCCAGCUUUUGGAGAUAAUGCAAGAAGGGAAUUUGAAGAGAGAGGGAGAGAGGAAAUUAAGGAGUUGUAACUGGGUUCGACCCUUAAUGUCAUCUAAGGGUUUCGGUUUGUUCAUUUCAUGCUCAAUGAUAUAACACUAGUUCAGCAUUUGCAUUCCAUCGAGAAUAAUCAAUUGCCCUUGAAAUAGGUUCUGAAAAUGAAGAAAUAUGGAGUAGUACACAGUUAACUGUAAGACAUAAAUAUGUAGUUACCUAAUUAUAUGUAUACAAUCGUGAACUUAUGCAUUUUAUUGGUAUGGUUUCCAGUUGAUGUAAUCAUUUUGAUAAGGAAAAUGAACAGUUUGAAACAUAUUCUAUUGAGGACAAAUUAAUCAUCAAUGUGCAGUUGUUCAGAAAAAAAAAGAUACUGACUUUAUGCAUAUAUGCAGCUCGAUCAUUUCGCAUAAAAUUACAAACUAGUCAUCUCUAAAUUAAUGAGUGUGGAAUAAUUGGGUAACAAAAUGGAGCUAGUGUGAAUCUAAAUUUUGAUAGGCCUAAUGUGUAUUCAUAAUACUCACACAUGACUAAAAAGAAUUGCAAGAAAAUGGGACUAAUUAGUUUUCAGUUAGGUACAAUACCAAAGUUGUCAUAAGCAAAGCAAUUCUUGCGAUGUGACAAUCUAUAUACUUCAAAAGUCAAAACUGUACAACAUCCGAAAAAUCUCACAGCUCCAACAAUUAUAUGUCUAUGUGCCUGUCGAACUACAUAUCAAAAUUCAAUUAAUUCAAUGCUAGCUCCUGAAUGGCAGUGACAUUAAUUAUAAGCAGAUUUAAAAGUGAGAAGUGUUAAUAUUUCACACGACCUAGGUUAGGUAUAAUGAUUUAUUAUGAGAUUAGAUAGUAAUUAAGCAGGCAGAAUAGGUAUUGAGAAGAGGGGAGCAGUUGAUAGUGGGGGGUUGCAGUAAUGCAGAAUAUUUAUCACUUUAUUGGGGGUUGGGGGGGAGAGGUCCCCGUGGAAGAAAACCCUAAAGAGAGAAGUAGGUAGAGUAGUAGGUUUCUUUAUAUGUGAGAGGGGAAUGGGAAAUGAAUAGGUGUAGAUGCAGGCUUAAUUCAUGUUAGCUUAUGCAAUGAAUGAAUGUAGAUGUGUAGGAUGGGGGCAGAGGCAGACCCCCCUAAUAUACAUUUAUUUAGAGAUCAAAUGAUGAUGAUGAUGGGUGAAUGAUACAUACAAUUACAAAUACUACAUAUCAAUGUCUAUGUUUGUAGGUAUCUUCCAUCUCAGCAGACAAAGCUAACGGAAACCAUGCAUACUUACAAAUCCCCGACACACACACACACACACACACACACACACAGCUUUUCAUCUAAUUCCCCUACUGCCAGCUACCUGACUUACACAAAUCUGCCAAGUAGAUACGCUUCUUCCAAUAUAUCAAUUGCCGAUUUCUUUCUUCUGUCUGUUUAUAUGGACAUAAACUGUAUAUAUUUUGCAUUCCUUGUCCUUGUAGAUGAUUGAAAGUAUCAAAAUAUUUUUUUCCAAAAUUUUUGCUAAAGAACACUCAUCAAUUGCUCGAUGAAGUGACUAAGAGAGAAGAUACUUAUUGUGAAUUGAGUUGGGAAAUUGAAAACUUGGUGCUGUAUUCAAAAUCCCAAUUUUGAUCUUAGCAACUUAAAAUUUACUUCAUAUAUCUUGCUUUGUAUCUAAUAAUUGUUUGAUGAGUAUAAAACAGUUU